AAUUCAAGCUCGUCUAGCGAACACUCUCUUCCACCCUCGGACAGAACAUCGCUCUUCUCAAGGACCUUGCUCUACAGGGUUACAACAGUUGCCUGCAGCGCAUGGCCGCCUUCGGAUCUCGAGACCGGCCGUCGGAUUACGACCAUACCGAAGCGCAGUCGUGGCACGUAACCAGAUUGAACACAGCCAAAUGCCAACUCUUCGAGGAGGUAAAGGAGGCCCGCGAGCGCCUAGGUGGUGAUGACAGUGGAGCCUUUGGUACUGUCUACAAAGCCGUUGACAAGAAAACCGGCAAUCUAUUCGCUAUCAAAGUGAUGAAGUUGGAAGGCGACCCCCUGCAAAUCCAAACUGCACGGGCGGCGCUGCACCGAGAGGUUAAGAAUCUUGAAAGACUUAACCACCCUCAUAUCAUCGAAUACCUUGGCUGUGGCGCUUUCGAGACAAACGCCCCAGAGAUCCGGAUGCCGCUGCGCGAAGGUUCUUUGGCCUCUCUCACAAAAUCGGUCGAGAGCAAGCAGGAGAGGAGAAUACUCGCCAACUCUGUGACCGAGCAGAUACUCACCGCUCUCGACUAUCUAGACUGCGAGAACAUGAUCCACCGCGACAUCAAGCCCGAAAACAUUUUGUUCAUGCCCUUGCCCGACGACAAGUUUUUUUUUCAGCUGGCAGACUUCGGGUUCGCCAUCCACAGAUCUUUGGCCCAGACAGUCUGUGGCACCCCUUACUACAUGCCCCCUGAGCUAUGGCCACAUAACCAGUCCAAUGUCUCCGCCCCCCAAACUUCCAAAAUCGACAUCUGGUCCUUCGGCGCAACGAUCCUCGCCGUCCUAUCUAAAUUCAAAGAGUUUCCACCCACCAGUUUCCCACCCGGCACGGUCCCAGCUCACGUCAUCUUUAAGGCGGUGCGGAUUCAGGCCAGGGGCAAAACCAUUGUGGAGCCCAUGAUGCAAAUGCAUCCGGACGAGCGGGCUUCCGCGGCGCAGCUCCUCGUCACCUUCUACGGAGGCAAUGGCUUAGUUUCGAAGCCGUCCGAAGUUCCACCAAUCAUGCCAACUAACCCCCAACUUCGACGGUGGCCACUGCGAACGAAGCCGUCUGUGCCGGCGACUGAGACCGAGCCGGUUGUCGCUGCCUUUCCCUGGGCGCCUCUCCAGCAGCAGCAACAACAGCGGCAGUCCCCAGCAGCGGCGGGACUGAGGGGCAACAUCAGCCCGCUGGCCGGAAUGCGGCAACUCCGCCCGCGCCGGACGAGGGUCGGGGCGGGGCUUCCGCUCGUCGUUUGGCCGAAGAAGCCCGCCGGCGGGCCCCCCCGAACUGGUAAUGGACAGUAUAACCCAUUUUCCCCUCGGCAAUUGCCUCAAAAGGUCCGCGCCAAGAGGGACGGCGUUACGAAGCGUCGGGCCGAGCCCCCAACAGCCGCUACAAAGAAAGGGAAAACCCUCGCCGCCGCCGUGCGCAAGGAAGCGGCGCAAACGGGCGGGUCCAAACUUUGGAUGCCUGGCGCAUUCCCCGAGGAUAGCUUGGACCCGUAAUCCUUCCCAGCAAAACCCAAUUGGUAAUGUCCACGCGCGAUUAUUACCAUCCCCCGCCACACGUCUGGUGCCGACAUUAGUGGCCCGCCCCGGCAAGCGUUUAAAACGUGGGCUGGGCGCAACGAGCCUGGCUCGACCCCCGAUGAUUUCCACCACAAGAUGGCGGUCCGGCGCGUCGAAUGCCGCGAAGAUGCAUGGACACCGGUUUUGUACGUGUCUAGCAACUAA